AUGGUCCACUUCGCAUACAGCCACGUAGCUUUCGUCACUCUGUUGGCAUUUGCAGCCAUAAAUUCAGUUCAAGGCGGAUGGAUGGAUGUAACUGAAAUUAAACAGAGGCUAGCGGAAACUGAAUAUGAAAUACCCGGAGUCAUUUCGGAGCUCAAAGCUGCAGAAGAGAGAGUACAAAAUAUUAAAGCCAAGAUUCUUAGUCAGAAUUCAAGCUUACGAGGAGAAUUAGAAAAGUAUACGGACUGCCUGGAAACUGCAUACAAAUACAAGUGGGGAGAAACCACAUUUAAACAGACCCCAAACUACCUUUACGGCUGGAAUGACAGUAGAUUUAGUGAUACAAUAAGUUGUUGCAAACAAGAAGCCUUUUUAUAUCGCCAAAAAAUGGAGGUGUUCCCUGUAGACAAAUGUCACGGAAAUCUAGGUUCGGUGAAUCAAGAAGUUCUGCAGCAAAUGCAAGCAGAAAUCGAAGGCGUAUUCUACCACAACUACUUGUUUAGUGUUCACAUUUUUUACAAGAAACUUUACACAACCCAGUUGAAGAUGUUGAAAGAAAAUUGA